CUUCCGGGCGCCAGGCUCCAGGCUCCGUUCCGAAGCUGGGAAAAUGCAAGCGGUUCUUUGCGUGUAACAGGAUCUGUGAGGGGUGCACGCGAGCUUGGAAGCCACGCUAUGGGAUUCCAACCUCCAUCCAAUGAUUGGCUGUAAGUGUCUGCAUCUGUCUCAGUCAGCUGCUGGUAGAGCCUCUCAGAGGACUCCUGUCUGCAAGUUCAACAUGACAUCAGUAAUAGUGUAUGGGUUUGAUGCCCACCCAUGGCAUGGAUCCCAAGUUGGGCCAGUAACUAACUGGUCAGCCAUUCCUUCAGUAUCUACUCCAUUUUUGUCCCUGUAAUUCUUUAGACAGGAACAAUUCAAACUAAGACAAUAUUCAAACUACAAAAAUCAGAAAUGAAAAGGUCUUCAAAAACCUAUACUGUACAAAGUUUGAAAAUCUAAAUGGAAUGAAUGAUUUUCUUCCUAGAUUCCACUUACCAAAGCUAAAUCAUGAUGCGGUAAACAAUUUAAAUAGAUCCAUAAAACUAAGGAACUAGAAGCAGCCAUUAAAAGUCUCCCACCCAAAACAAAAAGCCCAGGACCAAAUGGUUUUAGCACAGAAUUCUACAAGACCUUUAAAGAAGAAUGAAUACCAGUACUUUUCAAAUCAUCCCACAAAAUAGAAACAGAAGGAUCAUUGCCAAACCUGGUGUACUGGCUGGUUUUGUGUCAACUUGACACAACUGGAGUUAUCACAGAGAAAGGAGCUUCAGUUGAGGAAAUGCCUCCAUGAGAUCCAACUGUAAGGCAUUUCCUCAAUUAGUGGGAAAGGCCCCUUGAGGGUGGGACCUUCUCUGAGCUGGUAGUCUUGGGUUCUAUAAGAGAGCAGGCUGAGCAAGCCAGGGGAAGCAAGCCAGUAAGGAACGACCCUCCAUGGACUCUGCAUCAGCUCCUGCUUCCUGACCUGCUUGAGUUCCAGUCCUGACUUCCUUGGUGAUGAACCCCAGUGUGGAAGUGACGCACUGACAUAUGAUGAUGUCCACAUUAAUUUCACUCCGGAAGAGUGGGCCUUGCUGGAUCAUACCCAGAGGAAUCUCUACACAGAUGUCAUGCUGGAGACCUACAAGAACCUCGUUGCUAUAGGUUACAAACCAGAAGACAAAAUUAUUGAACAUCUUCAAAAUUUUAGAAUACCUGGAAGGCAUAAAGGAAGUCUUACCAGAGAGAAACCCUAUGAAUAUACUCAAUGUGGUAAAGCCUCUACACGUCACAUUGGUCUUCAAAGGCAUGAAAGAAUUCAUACUGGAGAGAAACCUUAUAAAUGUAAUCAAUGUGGUAAAGCCUUUGUAGAUUACUGUACUCUUCAAAAACAUGAACGAACACAUACUGGAGAGAAAGCCUAUGAAUGUAAUGAAUGUGGUAAAGGCUUUACACAACAAGCUUACCUCCAAAACCAUAAAAGAACACACACUGGAGAGAAACCCUACGAAUGUUAUGAAUGUGGUAAAGGAUUUGCACAUUACUCUACUCUUCGGAAACAUGGUUCUACACAUACUGGAGAGAAACCCUAUGAAUGUAAUGAAUGUGGUAAAGCCUUUGCACAACAGAGUCAUCUCCAAAACCAUAAAAGAACACAUACUGGAGAGAAACCCUAUGAAUGUAAUGAGUGUGGUAAAGCCUUUUCACAACACAGUAGUCUCCAAAACCAUAAAAGAACACAUACUGGAGAGAAACCCUAUGAAUGUAAUGAAUGUGGUAAAGCUUUUUCACAAUACAGUAAUCUCCGAAAGCAUAAAAGAACACAUACUGGGGAGAAACCCUAUGAAUGUAAUGAGUGUGGUAAAGCCUUUUCACAACAUAGUAGUCUCCAACAACAUAAAAGAACACAUACUGGAGAGAUACCUUAUGAAUGUAAUGAAUGUGGUAAAGCCUUUUCACAACAUAGUAGUCUCCAAAUGCAUAAAAGAACACAUACUGGAGAGAAACCCUACGAAUGCAAGCAAUGUGGUAAAGCCUUUUCACAACACAGUAGUCUUCGAAAGCAUAAGAGAACACAUACUGGACAGAAGCCCUAUGAAUGUAGUCAAUGUGGUAAAGCCUUUUCACGACACAGUAGUCUCCAACAACAUAAAAGAACACAUACUGGAGAGAAACCUUAUGAAUGUAAUGAGUGUGGUAAAGCCUUUACACAACAGGGUCAUCUCCAGAAACAUAAAAGAACACAUACUGGAGAGAAGCCCUAUGAAUGUAAUCAGUGUGGUAAAGCCUUUUCGGAACCCAGCAGUCUCCAAAUGCAUAAAAGAACACAUAAUGGAGAGAAACUCGAUGUAUGCAAUUAAUGUGUUAAAGCCUUUGCAAUUUUCUGUACUUUUCAGAAUAAUGAAAUAAAUCAUACUGGAGAGAAACCCUAUAAAUGUAGCCAAUGUGGUAAAGCCUUUGCUGUUCACAAUUAUUUCCAAAUACAUAGAGGAACACAUUCUGGAGAGAAAUCUUAUGAGUGUAGUCAGUGUGGUAAAAAGCAUUUGCACAUUACUGUACACGUUGAAAACAUGAAGGUGUACUUACUGUAGAGAAACCCUAUGAAUGCAAGCAAUGAGGUAAAGCCUUUUCACGACAGAGUCAUCUCCAGAAACAUGAAAUAAAACAUAGUCUAGAGAAACUGUAUCAAUGUAGUCAGUGAGAUAGAUAAAGCCUUUGCACAACAGAGUUAUCUUCAAAUACACAGAAAAACAUAUAUUGAAGAGAAACCCUAUGUAAGAAGUGUAGUAAAGCCUUUUCACAUGGUAGUUAUCUAAUACCUAAAAGGACACUCACCAGAUAGAAACCCUGCAAACAUAGUCAGUGUGAGGAAGCCUUUUCACAAUAGUAGCCUCUAAAUUAAAGGUAACAACAGCAACAACAAAAAAACAUACUGGAGAUUUAUUCUGAAUGUAAGCAAUGUGGAAAAGCCUUUGCAUAUUACAAUUAUUUCUGAAAACACAAUACAUACUGGAGAGUAAACUUAUGAAUGUAAUUGCUGUGUUAAUACCUUUGUGUAUCAUUCUCUGAGGACAUGAACCCAUACUGAAGGGAAUCUGGGACUAUAAAGUAUUUGGUAAGAUUGUUAGCCAGCCCAGUUGCAUUUAAUACACAAGAUCAUUUUAUUCUGGGGGAAAAAGUCUGACAAGUGUCCACAAUCUCUUUAAGCCUUUUGCCUAUCUGUAUUUUGUUUGCACCUACAAACUCAUAGAUAAAAGCCCUCUGAAUUUACACUAUUAGGUAGCAACAUUUAGAUUUCAUUCACCUCUUCAAUUACAUCAAAUAAGUUAUUUAAGUGUAAAACUUUAUGGGUCUGUCUUAGUAACUUUUCUGAUGCUGUGAUAUAACAUCUUUGGUAACUUAUCAAACACUUUAUUUGGGCUCAUGGCACCAGAGAUGUAUGGGAUUACCAUCAACAUGGCAUGGCAACAAGUGGGAAACAUGGCAGUAAAGCAGGAAGUUUAAAGCUCGCAUUCAAGUGCUGUGACAUGUUUCCUCCAGGUGGGGUGUCAUUUACUGAAUCUUUCCCAUUGAGAAGGGUUGGUUUUCUGAAUUCCAGCUCAAAUCCUUUCCUUUUGGGAAGUUAACCUUUUCAUGAAGAAGAAAAACCCUGGAAAUGAGCCUUUAGGUGCCUCAUCAUCUGGGCUAUACCAAUGAAGGCUUAGAGGAGAAAAACAGUCAUGAGUGCAAAUUGUAUUUGUUUAGUGAUUUGUUUAAAAUUUAAUUAUGCAUUGUUAGUGUGUCUUUCUGUGAGUACAUGUGUGUGUCUGCUGGUUUCCAAGAAAGUUAGACUCUUGUAUAUUUUUGUACCAAAGAUUUCAGGAAGUUGUCAAGAACUUGACCUUGGAACAUGGAAUAAACAUGUUUUAACUACUUA